GGCGAGCGGCGGGCCCGCCGCUACCGGCCUGUGCUUCCCUUGCAGACGUGCCCGCUGCUGCUGAGGGUCUUCACCACCAACAACGGGCGGCACCACCGCAUGGACGAGUUCUCCCGCGGCAACGUGCCCUCCAGCGAGCUGCAGAUCUACACCUGGAUGGAUGCCACUUUAAAAGAGCUUACCAGUUUGGUGAAAGAGGUGUAUCCAGAAGCACGGAAGAAAGGCACACACUUCAAUUUUGCAAUAGUUUUUACAGAAUUGAAGAGACCUGGCUAUAGGGUGAAGGAGAUUGGCAGCACAAUGUCAGGCAGAAAGGGCACAGAUGAUUCCAUGACUCUGCAGUCUCAGAAGUUCCAGAUUGGAGAUUAUUUGGAUAUAGCAAUUACUCCUCCAAAUCGUGCACCACCCCCAUCAGGACGCAUGAGGCCGUACUAAGUGACAUGUCACUUUGUUUAAAACUGGCCAUGUAUAUUUCCACUUGGUAGUACUUGCUGCUUAAAACAGGCUUUUGUUUUUAUUGCUAAGCAAGAACUUGAACACAGUCUUGGAAAUAUGGGUUACUUUUAAAUCUUAAUUUUACUCUGUUUAAAAGAAAAUAUUUUAGGCUGCUUCUAUCCUUUUCACAGUAGUUAUGGCUUGAAAAGUAGGAAUGUUCAGUGUUCUCUAAAAUGUGAGCAGCAUAGAAGUGUUACCAUUCUGUUAGAAGCUGUCUUGUUUGAAAUAAAUAUAAUGCUGUGUCAUCCAAAA